UUCUCAAAAUUCCAGCCAAAUUAAUUCAAUUCAAUCUCUUCAUUUCCUACUCCUCAUUUAACUUCCAGAUCUUAAAUCACGAAAUGCUUGAACCUUUUACCUCCAAACCCUAGCUCCGAUCCACCAAAAUUUGGAGCUCAGGUUUGAAAAGGAGCUCAGUUAUCAGUGUUUGAUCAAUUACUUAAUCAGAGAAGUGAAAAUGCAGCGUCUGCCGGCGACAAUUGAGGAACAGUUGAUAGUUAAAGCAAUUAAAGAAGAGUGCUUGUGGGAUAACCUCCCCAAGAGGCUUCAAGCCACUUUCAAUUCUAGAGACGAGUGGCACAGAAGGGUAAUUGAUCACUGCAUAAAGAAAAGGCUCCCAUGGAAUACUUGUUUUGCUCGGAAAGUAUGUAAAGAAGGUGAAUACUAUGAAGAAAUGAUGCGCUAUCUGAGAAGGAAUCUAGCGUUGUUUCCCUAUCACCUUGCAGAGUACAUUUGCCGUGUAAUGAGGCUGUCACCUUUCAGAUACUACUGUGAGAUUAUAUUUGAAGUCAUGAGAAACGAACAACCAUAUGACAGCAUCCCAAAUUUUAGUGCUGCAGAUGCCUUACGACUUACUGGCAUAGGAAGAAAUGAGUUUAUCGACAUUAUGAAUAAGUGCAGAUCUAAGAAGAUCAUGUGGAAGCUUAACAAGUCAAUAGCGAAGGAAUUAUUGCCUAGUCAGCCGGUGGACUUCACCAUUGAGCCAUGGUGGGGAGUUUGUCUCGUCAACUUUACUUUGGAUGAAUUUAAGAAACUUUCAGAAGAUGAGAUGGCAACGAUUGAUAAAAUCUGUAAGGAAGAAGCAAAUUCAUUCAUCCUUUUUGAUCCUGAUAUUGUAAAAGGAUUUUAUCGACGAGGACUUGUUUACUUUGAUGUUCCCGUUUUUCCUGAUGAUCACUUCAAAGUUUCCAGGCUUGAAGGUUUUGUUUCAAAUAGAGAACAAUCUUAUGAAGAUCCUAUUGAAGAGUUGCUUUAUGCUGUUUUUGUGGUCGCGAAUGAGAAUUCUACUGUUGCUGAAUUGGCUGCAACACUACAGGCUGAUCUUUCUCAGCUACAGGCAGCUGCAUCUUUUGUUUGCCGAUUGGGAUGGGCUGAAAAGUUAAUAGAUCCAGCAUCUAUUCUUCAAGAUUCAAAUGUACCUGGCUCUCCUAAAAGUCUGCUUAGUGAUGAAGAGGAUGCUAUCAUGGGCUCAGCAAAUAUGUCAAUUGAUGGCAGUGCUCCUCCACCCGGAGAAGUUUUAUGGACUGAUAAUACUAGCCAAGCUUCCGGUUAUACUCGUGUUGCUUUUGUGGUUGAUGCUAAUAUCACAUCUUACUUGAUGAUGGGAUCUGUAUCACCAGGUCUAAAAUCUCAUGCCGUGACAUUAUAUGAAGCAGGAAAACUUGGUCAUGCUAGCAUUGUGGAUCUUUGCAAAGAUUUGAGUACAUUAGAGGGUGCAAAGUUUGAAGGAGAACUUCAGGAAUUUGCCAAUCAUGCAUUCAGCCUACGUUGUGUCCUGGAAUGUCUGACCUCUGGUGGGGUUAUUUCUGAUGAAAGAGACAAAAUUGACAUGUCAUCUUUAAGUGCAGAAGAGGAUGCUUCUUCAGUUAUUGAGGCAUUGACUACUGAUGAGUUAGGAGGUUCUGAUACAAAAGAAUUUGCAAAAAGUACAGAUGAUUCAACUAAUUUAAGCAUAUCGAUAGAGGAAUCUGGUCCUUCUGAACAUGUAUCUGAAAGUACUGGUAAUGACAUCUCCUCUGCUGUUAUAUCAGAAGGGAAUGAUUCCGUAGUUGGGGAUUCUGUUUCAGAUCAUAGCUCCCAGAAAAAUGAGAAACCAGCAUGGAGUGAAAGUUCUGAUGGUGGAAAAGAAUUGUCAAAGAAACAGAGGAGGUAUCGAGUGGAUAUUCUUCGGUGCGAAAGCCUGGCUGCUCUUUCGCCAGCAACUUUAGAUCGUUUGUUUUUGCGUGACUAUGACAUUGUGGUGUCAAUGGUUCCACUGCCUCCUUCCUCAGUUUUGCCGGGACCAAAAGGUCCAAUUCAUUUUGGUCCACCUUGUUACUCUUCAAUGACUCCUUGGAUGAAAUUGGUCAUAUAUUCUGCUGUGGCUAGUGGACCUAUAUCAGUUAUUUUGAUGAAAGGUCAAUGCUUAAGAUUGCUUCCGGCACCAUUAGCUGGUUGUGAGAAGGCUCUGAUAUGGUCUUGGGAUGGAUCAACUGUAGGGGGUUUAGGAGGAAAGUUCGAAGGAAAUUUAGUUAAAGGUAGUAUUCUUUUACAUUGUUUAAAUUCGCUACUUAAACAUUCAGCUGUGCUGGUGCAGCCUCUUAGCAGGGAUGACCUUGAUAAGGAUGGAAAAACCAUUACUUUGGAUAUCCCAUUGCCCUUGAAAAAUUCAGAUGGUUCACCAGCUUGCAUAGGUGAAGAGCUGGGGUUAUGCCCAGAAGAGUGCUCAAAAUUAAAUGUAAUGUUAAAUGACCUUGCAAAAAAGAUAGAUCUCCUGACCAUUGGUUAUAUUCGCCUGCUAAGACUAUACAAAGAACAGGAACCUGAAAGCUCUAUUUCUGAUGAUGAGAAAUAUGAGUGGGUUCCGUUAAGUGUAGAAUUUGGAAUACCACUCUUUAGUCCAAAAUUGUGUAACAACAUUUGUAAACGAGUGGUUUCUUCACAGUUACUUCAAACAGAGUUACUUACUGAGCAUCAUGAUGCUAUGCAAGACACGAGAAAGAGGUUGCGGGAUAUAUGUGGCGAAUAUCAAGCAACUGGUCCAGCUGCCAGACUUCUUUAUCAGAAAGAACAACCUAAAGAGUCAUCUCGGCAACUAAUGAACUAUGCAAGCGGAAGAUGGAAUCCGCUUGUGGAUCCUUCUUCUCCCAUUUCUGGAGCCUCAAGUGAGCACCAAAGACUAAAACUUGCUAACCGACAGCGCAGCAAAACAGAAGUUCUGAGUUUUGAUGGUAACAUCUUGAGAUCUUAUGCUCUGACUUCUAUUUAUGAGGCUGCUAUCAGGCCUGAUGAAGAAUCACUUAUUUUAAGCACCUCUAAAGUUGAAUCAGAUGAAGCUGACAGUAAAGAAGUUGUUCUGCCUGGUGUAAAUCUUGUCUUCGAUGGAUCUGGAUUGCGCCCUUUUGAUAUAGCUGCUUGUCUGCAGGCUCGCGUACCUGUCUCUUUGGUAUUUGAGGCCUCAGCAGCAUCUGCUAGUUCUAUGGUCAAGUAAAACUGUGGAAUGUGUUCUUUCAUGGUUCUCUAAAUUUGAAUUUCUCCCAACAAUGAGUAGGUGGGAGUGUUAAAUACAUCAUGUGCUCAUCACUGUAUCGAUCUGCUCAGUGUGCUUUGGAUGGUGAUGAUGCAGAAGGUAGCAUGGAUGUCAAGGUGGUUAUGUUUUCUGGCUGCAUUAGUAUAGGGUGAUAAUGAAGAACAGAUCAGUAUCCGUGCACAUCUUAUUUUAGGGGGGGUGCCCUAAAUACAUACACGUUUAUAAUAUAACAGACAUUUUGCUGAGCCAACCGGAGAUGUUUUUACUUUUUUUUUUUGCACAUAUAAUCCAAUGGGAUAGAAUGCCAUUCAUUUGUAAAAAACCUUUCAGUUGUUUUACAUAGAUAAGAAGAAGUGCUUUGCCUUGAUCUUUGAA